AUGCAUAAUAAGAACAAUGACUUGAGUGAUCUUGAGCAUGAUGAUAGGUUAAUAUAUAAUUCUGUAGUUACUGUUCAGAAAAAUGAGAAGUCAGGCUUUUCUGAAGAAAAACUAUCUCUUAAUAGAAAGAGAUUUUUUAAUGGCAUUGAAUUUACUCAAGAAAUGUGUGAAUGUGUAGCAUUUUAUGUCAAUGUAAUUAAACUAAAACCAUUACAGAUUAAAAAAGCUUUAAAGCAAGAAUUUCCUGAUUAUGAAAUUUAUCUUUUCAAAGUUCACAAAGCAACUGCAAAAUUUUAUUGUGAGAAGCAAAAAGACAUUUCGAAUGAUGCUGCAUCCUUAUAUGAGAAUUUAUUAAGAAAGAAGAAAGAAGAUCCUUACUGUGAUAUUAUUUUAAAUGAUAAUACUGCUAAAACAAAUCGCUAUGACAAGGCUCUCUCACUUUUUUUAUACAUUGAUAAUCAUGGGCUUUUCUGUCUUAUAGAACUUUCUGAAGCUUUAGAAACAAGUAUAAAUGAAGAAAGCAACAAAACAAAAUAUAUUUAUUGGAAAACUCAAAUUCCAUUAAUGUCUUCUGUUAUCAUGUUACCACAAGCAUUGUUUCCUGAAGUUGACAAAACUUUGACAUCCUCUAUUACAAAAGCUGAGCUAAUUAAAUAUCAAAAGCCUGAAUUAGAUACUACACAAUUUAUUGAAGAUGACAAAGAUGUAAUGCAGGUUUCUGUAAACUAUAUGCUAAGAAAUGUGGAUGUUAAUAGAAUUGAGGAAACCUGGGCUAUUUGCACAAUUACAGCAUUAAAAUUUUGUUAUUUUGUAAUACUUCUUUCUGAUAAAACUUAUGUAUGUUCCUGCUUAGGACUUCUAAUGAGAGAUAAUACCAAUAAAUUGUUUACACCUAUAGCUGAUCUUCAAAAUGAAAGAAAAGAGGAUAUUAGUGAACAAAAAUUGUAUUGA